CCCCUAGUGAUUCAGUAAAAACAGUGAAUAUAGUGCAGUGUUAUGUGAUAAGAGUGACUUUUAUUGUUAAUUUGCAACAAUAUAGAGCAUUGCAUAUAAACAUAACACAUGAUUGGAACAAAAAGUAUUUCUUGUAAAAAUAUUUUGUAUUUUCUAUUAAAUCGUGAUAGAAAGCUGUACCUGAAUUAACAAAUUAAUCACGAAGAAUGGCAGACAAUGUGGUGAAAUUUUCUAAGUUGAGGUCUGCUACAGAAUCUAGUUUCUGGGCAAAAUUCUCUGAACUGAAGAUUGACAAGUUUAAGUUGGAAGAUAAAAUAGAUAUACCUUUAUGGGGAAGUUACAGUUUGGAUGAUCAUCAAUCAAAUCCAUUGUUUUUGGAUUAUACGUCUUUUAAUGAAAAUCUUGAAACAACAUCACACGAUAAAGCCAUCGCCUGUAAUGGUUUCAUGCUCAACACCAAUACCUUCGAGUUGUUCAAACAAACAGACCCUGAGAAAUUUAUAGAUUUGCUAGGAAAAUACUUGAUCGAAGCAAUAACAAGUGGAACUGCUAUUAAAGAACCAUGGAGGCUUUCUUUAUUCCUCAUGCUUUCUUUCUCUGAUUUAAAAAAGUACAAAUUUUAUUACUGGGUGGCACAUCCGACUCCGUAUAAUCUGCCUGAAACUUAUUAUCAGCGGAAUCCAAUGCCAAUUUGUGAUGAAUUCACUUCUAGUCAAAUUGAGGAAAUGCAAGCAGGGUUUUUACAAUUAGACAGUAAAUCCAAAUCUUUCUUCUCUGUCUUUGUGUCGACUGAAAAUAAUAGUUUAAAAAUAACUAGUCUAGCAGAAGGAAUAGAAUUCGUGCAAAGUCUGAACCUAGAUAGUAAAAAAUCGGAAAACAACUGUAAUAUCUAUUUUUCAUUUUAUGACCCCUGUGGAAACUUAGCUCCAGGUUGGCCUCUUCGAAAUUUGCUUUGUCUACUUUUCUGGCACGCUCCAAAUUUCAGUUUUCAUAGUUCGAUCAACUUUCUCUCGAUAAGGGGAAGCGAUCUUCAAAAAUCUAUCAUUUAUACCUUAAUAUCUAAAGUACACGAAGAUGUGGAAUCUGUGAGGAAAUCUAUUUUGGAGGGUCGAUUUGUGGGUUGGGAAUCGAAUGCGAAUGGAAAAAUGGGACCUAAUAUUGCAGACUUGUCAGAUGCAAUGGACCCUAUAAAGUUAUCAAGCAGAGCAGUCAACCUAAAUCUGAAACUGAUUAAGUGGCGUCUAGUUCCUGAAUUAGAUCUCGAAAAAAUCAGUGGACUUCGGUGCCUUCUUCUGGGUGCUGGAACUCUUGGUUGUUCUGUCGCUCGAGUUUUGCUUGGCUGGGGAGUUCACACAAUAACUUUCGUAGAUAAUUCCGUUGUGUCUCAUAGCAAUACUGUAAGACAGAGCCUGUAUACUCAUGAAGAUGCUGUCAAACGUAGACAUAAAGCAGAAGCUGCGAAGGAGGCUUUAAUCAAAAUUCAACCCAGUUUGAAUGCAGAGGGUGUAGUUUUGCAAAUACCAAUGCCUGGUCACGUGGUGGGAAAAAGUAUGAUGGAGUCGACAAAACAAGCCUUAAUAAAAUUGGAGGAGUUGUAUGCCAAACACGAUGUGGUUUUUCUUCUUCUGGAUUCGCGAGAGGCUAGAUGGUUGCCUACCGUUUUAUGCGCAGCAAUUAACAAAAUAGCAAUCAAUGCUGCACUCGGUUUUGAUUCGUACACAGUACAACGCCAUGGGACCCGUAAUUCACAAGAAGUUUUGACCCCGGAUUUAAUGGUGCAAAAUCCCACUGGAAAAGACCUCGGCUGUUAUUUCUGCAAUGAUAUAACUCAACCUGGAAAUUCACAAACUGAUAGAACUUUGGAUCAACAAUGUACGGUUAGUCGACCGGGAUUGUCUUACAUUGCAUCUGGACUUGCAGUCGAACUUCUAGUCGCCUUGACUCAGCAUCCUGACGAAACUGAAGCGGCGGCUUUGAUGGAUGAUAGUAAGGAUCAAGGUCGCUCAAAUAAAAAUAAUUCAAGCAUCGGUUUAUUGGGCGGAAUUCCUCAUACGAUUCGUGGAUCGCUCUGGGGUCACGAAAUGCGAUUAACAAUCACUCACCGGUUUCCUUCAUGUACUGCUUGCUCUUAUCCUGUUAUCAAUGAAUACAAAGAGAGAGGAUUUUCAUUUGUCCUUGAUGCCUGCAAUGAACCAAAUUAUCUUGAAAAAUUAGCUGGCCUUGAAGAUUUGUUAAAACGCCCAGAUUUAGACGAAUUCUGCUAUGCGCUCGACUCAAGCGAUGAAGAGGAAAACUCGUGAGAAGGAAUCAAAAGAAACCAAAGCUUUUUUUAAAUAUCAGUUUUGAUCAAUUACUUGCAUUCAAAGGCCUGCUGCGAAGUGUAUUAAAAAAUCGACAUGGUGUCUAACAGUAUUGAAAAAUAGUUUGCAGUCAAUCACAGAAGAAAUUUUUUUACAUUUUAUAUUAGGUAAUUUUCAGUAGUGAGGGCUAUGAAGACGGAUGCGUUUAUUUUUAUUGCCAUUUUAUUAUUAAAGGUAAGGUUAUUAAAAUUAGGAUAAGUUAGCUGUUUUGAUUUCAUUUCUAACUAGGAGACUUCAAUCAGUGAUCUCUUGGAAGGAACGAAUUUUUAUAUUAUUUUAUACAAAUUUUCAUUUUAUAAUAUAUUUCAAAGUCGUAUUAUAUCCUUAUACUUACAUUAAGUGCAAUGGAUUUUAUAAUAUAAAUUUCCAGACCAGGAUUAACGUACACAUUUUAAGCAAUUUUGUUAUUGCUAGUUUUAAUUGCAAGAUUUCAGAUAAUUUUCUUAUAAAUGUAGGGAUAUAAAUUCAGUUUAUUUUGAUGUAAAGCAUUAUGCUUUGUUGAAAAUUGUCUAAGAAUCGGACAAGACUUAUAUUUUAGAUAUGUAUUUAUUAAUGUUGUUUAUUCUGAAUGCAUUUAUUGCAUUUGUGUAAUUGCUCGUCACGUCCGCUUUAUACGUAUUUUAAAAGUUUUAUUAAAUUCAUUAGAUAGCAUUUUAUAAUAUUUCGUACGGCAGG